AUUAUUUCUCUAAAUGUUUAUUAUUUCUUACUCUGCUUUCUCUUGUCGUCUGAAGACAUCAUUUUAAAAUCGAAUUACUCUCUUCUUACUUUACUCUUCAGGUUUUCAGUUUCACCCACGCAUAACGGAAUAUUUUGCACUACUAUGUAAAUAAAUUGUUAAUUUUGUAUUUUGCAUUAUGAUGCUAGAAAAUAAGUUGCUAAAGUCAGACUGAUUUAAUCUUCAAAAGGUGUAAUGAAGUAAAAAGACUGGUUUAUUUACAUUUUAGCAGUGGUAAAGUGACAUCACAAUAUCGUUAUAUUCCGGAGCAUUAUGUUAUGUUCUCUUUCUGAAGACCAUUUCACGUUUCAACGAGGCACGCAUCUUCAUUUCCCUACCUGCAACAGAAGGGGUCUCUGUAUCAAGGUCAACACCGUCAACACGGAUCGGAUGAAGGAACCGGCCGCAAUUCAUUCCAUGCAGCCAAUGUCAGUUCUAGCAAGGGUUGCUCGUGUGUUUCUUAUCGUGGCUGGUUGGCUUAGCAUGCAUGUACGAGUAGUCAUCUCUUCCUCACUCAUCUCUUAUAAUACCCAUAAUUCACAGGUGGGUAACAUGGAGGUCGGGUAGUGUGCGUACUUUUUUGUGCUGGAAAUCCGUUGCUUACUGAAACAUUUAGUAUGAGGUGCCAAGUGUUGAGUAUGUGUGCUCGAAUAACGCAGUUUUAUUGUAACUUGUAUUUGUGGAGGAAAAGUGUGUGGUAUUUGUGAAGGACAGAUUCGUUUGUUUGAAGUUGUGCUUCAGCUGGAUAUCUUAAUGGAGUGAAACCGACAUCAACUAUACCUGGUAAUGGAUUGUUUUUAUUGAAGCCUGACUGUAGUCACAUAAGAAUUUACAUUUCUGAUGAAGGUGAUGGCGUGGACAUAUGGGACGUACGACGUAACCUUCACGGGUUUGAAGUGUACGGUAUUCUUUUUGUAACGCCAUCUAGUUCUGAGGAAGACCGAUGUGGCGGAGGAAUACAUCGCCCCAUCCUCGACCUUGAAGACAGGGGGUGAAGUGUACUACCGAAACAAUGUUGGUGCUCCCGCUGGGAAAUGAUGAAAGCCCACAAAUUGCAACGGAGGAAAGAGCCGUGGGCUUCACGCAGUCUCCUGAGAGAGAGGCACUAUUGUGACGCGAGACGCAGCCAUGCCGAGGCGCUGGCUGCCCCUGCUACUAUGCUGCACUGCAGCACUUGCCCUGCCCUUCUCUGCCAAAGAGGAGGUUGACUCUGAGGAGUCACGGCGAGUCCUCGGGUCCAGUGUGGUGACAUCAGUGUCCGUGAUUAUGGACUUGGGAAAUGGUACAAAGAAGUACUUCGCAGAUGCUGCUGGACGUCCAGUACAAAAGCCUACAGCAGCAGCCAUGGUAGGAAGUCCAGCAGGCCUCCUAAAUCCUGAUCGCUAUGAAUUUUACACAUUCGAUGAAUCAGGGGACCUUGUCAAACGUCUCAUGACCCUGGAGGAAAUUCAGAGCAUUAUUGCUAAUGGUGAGACCGAACUUGGAGAAGCAGGACUUGCAAAUUAUUACCAUCAGAAUCUUCCACCAGAUUCUGCAGAACUUGCACCUGCUGCAUCCUCCACAGUCACAGAUAAGGUCAUUGAGGAAGCUGAAGCAACUGAUAUUGGAGAGCUUUCGUCAUCUGUGCCAGGAGUUCAUGACGUUGUUGUGAGUGUACAAAAUGUUUUAAAAAGUGAACUGGAAGCAUCAAAGAAGAAAAUACCUUUACCCAAACCAGUUCCUUCCCCACCAACACCAGUGGCGAUGGCUUCUUCGAAUUCAUCUUCGUCUUGGGAUAUGAUUCUUUCUGGAAUUAUGAGUAACUCUGGUAGUGAUUCCAGUGGUGCAAACCAGUCCACAUACUCAUCCAAUGGUCCGUUUACAAAUGUCACACAAGAACUAAGUGACACUUCAACUGAAUCUUCUUCACAUGUGACACAGAAUAUCACUUUGACUACUACCCAAGAACUUGAUAAUAGUUCAGAAGCUUCACCCAGUAAGAGACCACUAUCUCCUGUGUCCUCAGACACAUCAGAUGUGGAACAAACUGCCAACAAUUCUGUAAGCAUCCACAGUAAUCUGCCAUCUUUGCAUUCUUCAGCAACAUCACAUAUAUCAUCACUAUCACCACCUUCAUCAUCUGUACCAUCUUCACCAACACCACCACCACAACCGUUUUCGUCGUCAUUUUCUUCAUUCUCAUCAUCGUCGCCAUCAUCAUCAUCAUCACCACCACCACCAUCAUCAUCAUCACCAUCACCAUUACCACCACAUUUCUACUCAUCUACCUCAUCAUCACAGUUUAUAUUAGCCUCUUCAUCACCAAAACCUUCAUCUCUCUUACCUUUGAUGUCACAUUCGUCAGUGACACCAUCAUCAACAAUGGUAAAGGUACCAUCCGUACUGUCAUCACCAUCCGAGUCAUCAGAAAUACCACUGUCACUGCAGUCAUUAUCACCAUCAUCAUUACUGUCUGAAGCAUUGUCUACUCAAGCACCGAAACCACAGUCUUCCCCGUCAAACAGUUCAUAUAUCAGUGUGGCAGAAACAAUUACUAAUCCCUCUCUUAUAAUGAAAGACCAAUUGAAUGUAAAAGAAAACAAGCCAUUAAAUUCACAUGAGUCUUAUAGCAAGCCAGCAAUUGGUGACGUUCAAGUAACAUCUACCAGAACGUCAGCAGCCACACAGAAACCAAUUGGCACCACACAUCUUCCUUCAUUAACAUCAAGAAUUCCACCAUCAGCCUCACCACCUGCAGAAAUUGGUUGGUCAGAAACUAGUGUCACAUCGUCUGAAACCCAGUCAUCUCCAUUGUCAUCAAAUAGACCGCCCAGCAUAAUUCCUGUUAAUGACCAAAAUAUUACAUCAUCACAGCAAGUUAGUGGCAUCUCCACACCAGAUCUUUCCCAGAAUCAAUCAGUAGCCGUUGAGAGAACUACAAAUAAUCCUUCAACUAUUGCAACUUUAACAGCAUCAAGUGGUAACAGUGACAAUAUUAAGCUGCCAAAUGAGAACAGUGAAUUACUUCAGCUACCUUCUGCAGAAUCUUUAAAUAAUACUGACGUUCCAACUGCACAAGAAUUUUUCCAUUUGUUCACUUUGGCAAAUAAUGCUUCCUCCACAACUGAAAGUAUUCAGUCUAAAAAACCUACCCAGAGACCAUACAGACCUUCAGAACACAGUACAAUUAUCAAAUCUAGUCCUAGUAGCCCAGUUCCAGCUACAGCUGUGAUCUCUACACAAACACCAGCUACAACCAAAGCUUCACUACAGAGUGGGAAGCCUACAGAGCCCAUCCAAACUACUCCAACUGCCGCAGAUAUCACAAAGAUUAUGAUACAGCCACCUCAUAAUAACAGCAAUUUUGUGCAAACCAGUACUGUCAAUCCAUUGGGAGCAACAAAGCUAAGCUCAGCAGUAAUGAAUAAUGAAAGUGAUGAAGUGUCAACUACAGAAUUACUCAGGACCACCGUAGUAAGUACUAACCCCAUAACAACAACUGUAGUAACAGAGUUACCACUGCCAUCAACAACAUGGAAAAGCAAUGCUGAAAAUCUACUGAUAAAUGCAGGCUCUGAUUUUGUGCCAAUGAGAAUUGAAUCCCCCAUAGGAAUGGUACCAUUACCAACAACUGCCAAUGGGAAUCUGGACAUGCCACCAGAAUUAGCUGAGUCAGUGUUAGGUGUACUAUCUCAGGUUGCUGAUGUAGAAGGUACUGCUACAACAAUUGACUAUGGAGAAAAUGGUUUAUAUAUUUUCAGCAGUAGCACCACAACCACCCAACAUAGCAGUACCAAAGGUGUCAGUUCAACGGAAAGCAACAAUCAUUUAUCCCCAGCCGGUACUCCAAAUGACAGUAACAUCCAGAGCACUGUUACAUCCCUAGAUGACAACAAAAACAAUAGCAACAAUAUCAGAACAACAGCAGACACACUUCCAGAAACAACUGUACAUGCUGUCCCUGAACAGUUGUUUAAUGAGGCAACAUCUUCUCAACCACUGGGCAGUUUGCAUCUGAAGGAAAGUACAAAUGAUGACCAAAUCGCUUUAUUACUUUCACUGGGAAACAGAAGCAAUAUUUAUGAACAAGAUGCAGUAGAAUCUACUACAGUAGAAGCUGAUGGUAACCAUAAUAAGAAUAAUCCAAUGGACUUGAACAAGGUGGACCUAAACAAAGGUGAUAAUAAUUCUGAAGGCCCAUAUAAACUGACAGAAGCAGUGAUAGAAUUAGAAGAUCAAAAGAAGUUGAAUAAAGAAAACACAAAAGAGAAUGUUGCAGAGAGUACAAGCAUAGAAUUAUUAAUGAGUGCUAAUAAUAAUAAUAGUAAUGAGGCCUUGAAGAGUAAUUUUGAAAUUACUGAAAAAGAACCAUACGAUGAGGAAACUGCAAUUAAUGUGUUUGGAGAAACUGAUCCAAAUUCUGAUAUUAAUGUAAUAAUUACGACUGAGGCUGCAGAUGAUAUCACUACUGGAAAUGACAGGACUGAGCAAGGGGAAAGCACAAUAUCCAGUGAUCUCAAAGUGACAACAGAAGAGCCAAAUGUAAGUGCACAUAGAAACAGCAUUAAGACUGAAGCAAAUGUGUUAAGCGCAAGCAAACUUGGUGUCGAGGAAUUUUCCAUAGCAACAGAAGUAGAAGGGCAAUAUAUUGCGGCUACAACUGUUAUACCUGAAAGCAUUAUUUCAAGAGAUGCAAUGCAGUCAUCAGUAGUGACAACAAAGGAGAAUUCAGAAACGUCUACUGUAACAUUAACCAAAUAUAAGAAAGAUGAUACUGAAAUGGGCCAUGAAUCUAUGAAGAGCAACCUUAAUGUUAAACCGAAUGAUGAGUCAAUGGAUGAAAAAAUCAGCACAGAGCAUAUUUCAAUGAUUAAAAAGAAUGAAGCUGAUGAUGAUAUGCAAAGAGUAUCAACAGAAAGCCAUGAAAGUACAACAAAGUUGGAGUCUGAAACAACAGAAGAUGAGACACAGAAAGAAGAGUUAAACACAUCUACUCCUGCCACUGUAGACAUUGAAUUUAUUCAAAGCAUGGAAACAAGAACUGACGUAAAUAUUAUAGACAAAAAGGAUGAAAAUAAGCAUAUUAGUGAAACGACUGUCAUAAGUUUUGCUGAAAACGAUGAAACAACAACAGGUCUGCCUGCUGAAGACAAGAACAAAGAAGCUAUUGGUGAUGAGACAACAUCUUUUGAAAUGACUACAGAAGGCUUCACAGCAGAGGUAACUGUAAGGCAUGAAACCGAAACAACAGCAGCAGAAGAUGAACUCAAUAGCGAUAAUAAGGAGAGUCCAAGCUUUCGAGAGGAUGAACCUCAGGGCACAACUGAUUCACCUGUUACAGAACAUAAAGUAUCAGAAGAAACAACAGCUUUCUCCGAAUCUAAUAUUGUAAAUGGUUUUACGAAAACAUUACUGGAGAAAGGUAGUGAAAGCAGUGUGAAAGAUGUUAAUCAUUGGGAGUCUGAGGUGACUAGCAGUACAGGUUCAUCUGAGAAAGUAACAGAGUCUGAUGUUACAAAAAAAACUGCUGCAAACACGAGUUGGACAAAACUGCCAAAUCUAUCAUUCUCUCAGCAUAAUGAUAAUAAAGUCAUAGACAGAGCUACCGUUAGCAGUACGCGAAAGCCUACUACCACAUCUGCAACAGAAGAUGUCACAACACCCAUUGAAAUCUUAAAAUACAGUGGAUUGAACAAAGAAAAGGUGAAGGAUAACAAGAUCAAAGCAAAGCCUCAGGAACCCCAGCGUCCACAGACAUAUGUCACAGUUGAUCUAGAGCCAGCACCUCAAGAAAACCUGGGCCUUGAAGCGACUUCUGCAGGACUUGAGGAAGAUGUUCGACGUUUUGCUGAACUUUGUAAUGAGUUGGCUUUCCGUCUGUGGGCAUCUGUUACAGCCAAGGGAUUGACAGCAUCAAGGAGUGUGACCAUGUCUCCUUUUGCAGUCACAUCACUUCUUGCCAUGGUGUUCCUUGGGGCACGAGGUCCAACCUCAGGUCAGAUGAAUGAUAUCCUUCGCCUGGAUGACAUGGUUACCUUCAACCCACACCAGGUGUUCAGGAAUGUUACAGAGUCUGUGAUACUUUCCAGGACCCAGGUUGUAGCAACUGCUGCAUUUGUCAGAGAGUUGUACAGUGAUAGGACAAAGGGUAAGCUUCUAGAUUUCUACAAGGAACGGGCUCAACAAUUCUAUGAUGGCCACGUUGAAGAGGUGAAUUUCAGUGCAAUUGGUGAUCUAGUGAGACGGCGCACCAACCUUCUCAUGAAGCGACAGACCCAUGGCAGAGUGCCUGAGUACCUCCGGAGCUCCAACAUCCUGCUGCGGCCACCCCUGGCCGUGUUCAGUGCCAACAUUUUACAGACUGACUGCAGACUGGCAUCCACCGUUGGUCGUGACGGUGAGAUGUAUUUCACAGUGACGCCUGCUAUACGGCAACGUCGGCUUGUUCCUGUUCCUGCAGCCGUGUGGUUCAGCGGUUUCUUGGCUGGAUAUGAACCUGUACUUGAUGCUACAGCAGCAUCAAUAAUCAAUGAUGACUCUGUUGUUAGUCUCGUAAUGGUAUUACCAGGUCAGCAAGGUCAGCAGGCUCCAGGUGAUGGACUUCAGCGUCUUGAGCAACGACUAAUUGAAACCUCAUAUCGCCGUGGGGCUUGGUCACGUUUACUCCGAAGUCUCCUGCCUCGACCAGGGCUUGAACUUCAGAUACCUCGCUUUUCACAUCGUUCUCUGCUUAAUAUGACCUCACCAUUACAGCGGAUGGGUCUCAAGGAUCUGUUCAGUGCUGAACAUGCCGAUCUACGUGGAAUCAAUGGUCUCACAAAUGAUCUGCAUCUGUCAGAUAUUAUUCAAGUGAACACUUUCAGCACAUGUGCUGAAGACGCUAUUGGUUCUCGUCAUCAUGUAGAAGUGUACCCUACGUCCCCACAGCGAUCUGGCAGAGAAGAACUCGAUGAGAAUGCAAAGGAUGGAUCUGUGAAUUUUGAUGAUGUGGAUGACCUGGGACUUUCAUCCCUGCCUCUUGCUCUAAGACCACGCCAGGCAAGACUUCCUGAUGCCCCACGGCUGCGAUUUGAUAGGCCGUUCCUCUAUUUUGUUCGACACAACCCUACAGGACUCAUCCUCCACAUGGGCAGGUUCAACCCACGCCUCUUGCACUGACAAUACCAAUACAGACAAUUCUAAUGAGGAAAUUUUCCCAAAUGGCUAAGAUCCAUGGGAUCAUUUGGGUAGAGUAACACUUCUAUGCCACAGGCUAUUUUUUUUUACAAAAUUCCAAUUACUUUGUAUACUCUCCAGCUUGUACAGUGCGUGUUUUAUUUUCGCUUGAAAUUAUCUUUAUGUGGAAAUAUUUGCCAAUGUAAAACUACUGAUAAUUGACUAAAUUUUAUUAUUUUCUUUGGCAGUUUAAAGACAGACGUCAAUUGAGGUGGACCCCUGGAGUCCAUGCAUCGAUUCAUAAUGUAUAAAUAAUUUAUUAUAAUAUGCUAAAUUUCUUUCAAAAACUCUACAAAAAUGAUAGCUUAAAACCCUGAAACAAACUGAAUUAUGUGUGGAAGAACGCAUUAAAUGAUAUACGUAUUAUACUCUCUUACCCCUAUCAUGCAAGUGCAACACCCAGUACACAUGAACUGUGCUUAGAUUACAUGUUGCCUACACAUUACCAUAAACCCCCACCUAUACAGUAUCUUGGUGUUCUACUGGCUGUAUUUUAUUUAUUAAUAUUUAUAGAGGUCAUGAAAUAGGUGGGGUAUGGGAUUAACUCACAUGAAGUGAACUGUAAGUGAUAGUGGUUACUGGGAUGGUACACCAAUGUGGCUUUUAAAAUUUUCUUGUGGUAGGUUUCACUAAUGUCGAAAUUGACUGUGCAAAAAGUGCUAGAUUUCAUAAGCUGUAUUGGCAAUUAAUAUCGGUCUUGGUGAGACAAAUCAUGAGAUAGAAAUACAAAUGUGUGGUUUUAAAAAGAAACUGUGUGGCUAACACAAGUUUCAUUUUGUGAACUCAUAAGUGACAACAUCAUCAUCUGUAAGCUGUAAGCUUAAAAUGUCAUCUGUAGUAAAAUAAGAUAAAUAAACAAUUAUCCUCU